UUGCUCUUGAUGAUAUUAUUAAUGUUAAAUGCUUACCAACUGAAUUUAAUACAAUACAUUCGCCUUCACCAAAUAAUUGUGAAUUAUGUAAUAAAUCACUUAUUGUAGAUUACUAUAAGAAAGAAAUUGAGACAAAUGUUAAAUCCUUUUUAAAUCGAUUAGAAAAAGACUCUAUAAUACUUACUGAAGAAAAUAGAAAUUUAGAAGGAGAGAAAAAAGAAGUUCAGGAGAAGAAAGAGGAAAUAGAAGUAAUUAAUAAGAUACACUUAUAA